CCAAACACCUUGUUGCUGCAGCUGACAUGGGCUCCCAACUCGGUGUGGCCUCGAGGCUUCCACCUCUCUGUCACUGUCAACCCGAACCAGCCAUGGCAUCCUCCGCGGCGUCCGGCGAGGAGCCGGCCCCUCUCCUCCCGGCCCUCCUCUUCUUCCGGCUCCGCAUGGACGACGACUUCGACGCCGCGCUGCGCCAGCGCUACCGCGUCCUCGACUUCUUCGUGUCGGGCGAGCCCCUCCCUGCUUUUCUCGCCGGCGCCGCGGCCUUGCCGGACCCGCCCCGCGCCGCGGUCGUCAUGGGAGGCGCCGCCGCCCGCGUUGACGCCGCGCUCCUCGACGCCGUCCCGUCCCUCGGAUUCGUCUUCAGCACCGGCGCCGGCGUUGACCACAUCGACCUCGCCGAGUGCGCGCGCCGCGGCGUCGCCGUUGCCAACUCCGGCACGGUCUACUCCACCGACGUCGCCGACCACGCUGUCGGCAUGAUCAUCGACGUGCUGAGGCGCGUCUCGGCGGCCGAGCGGUUCGUCCGCAGCGGCCUCUGGCCGGCGCAGGGGGACUACCCCCUCGGCACCAAGCUAGGCGGCAAGCGUGUUGGCAUCAUUGGAUUGGGGAACAUUGGUUCACUGAUUGCAAAGAGGCUUGAAGCAUUUGGUUGUAUCAUCCACUACAACUCCAGAAGACCAAGGGAUUCAGUCCCCUACAAAUACUUCUUUAAUGUUCAUGAUCUCGCUUUAGAAUCAGAUGUGCUUGUUGUGGCAUGUGCAUUGAACAAGGACACACGGCAUAUUGUCAACAAGGAUGUUCUAGAGGCCCUGGGAAAGGAUGGGAUCAUCAUAAACAUCGGUCGAGGAGCAAACGUCGACGAGGCAGAGUUGAUCAGGGCGCUGAAAGAGGGAAGGAUUGCAGGAGCUGGGCUUGAUGUCUUUGAGAAUGAACCCAAGGUGCCAGCAGAGCUCUUCUCCAUGGACAAUGUGGUAAUGACGUCCCAUGUUGCGGUUUUCACAUCAGAGUCCAGGUCUGACUUGUGGGACACCACAAUCGGUAGCCUUGAAGCCUUCUUCUCUGGGAAGCCGUUGCUCAGGCAGGUGCUUCCCUGGUAGUAAGGUCACGUUGCAGCUCGAUCGAUUAUUCGAUAGCAGGAUGUUGGAAUACAAUUUGAUUGUAUCUUUUUCAAAUGUGUGGCAUGGGAUUUCAGAAUGCAUCUCUUUAUUCUGUACUGGAAAGAAAAACAAAAAAGGAUUACUUGGUGGGGGCUAAAAAAGUAAAAGAAAUGAAAAAAAAAGCAUACUCCAUGCCAGAGUAGUCUCUUCUUUGCGGUGACAGUUUUACUUGAAGGCAGUAUGGGUCCUUUAUAAUAAAGCAAAUUAUUUCACA